GGUUAAGCAGGAUGGACUUGUGCAACAGGAAUCCGAACCGUACGGCGCCGGUGGGAGACGACGGUCCUCCCGGAGGCGACGUACCGCUCUGCUCUCGGACCAACGGCUGGAGCUGGCCCCCUCACCCCUUCCAGCUGCUGGCCUGGCUGCUCUACGUUUACUUCGCCGUCACCGGUUUCGGGGUGUUCGUCCCCCUGCUGCCCGCCCACUGGAUCCCCGCCGGCUACAUCUGUACGGGCGUCAUGUUCGUGUGUCACCUGUGCGUCCACGUCAUGGCCGUGUCCAUCGACCCCGCCGACUACAACGUCAGGACCAAGAGCGACAAAGGGCCCGUCCCCGUCUUCGACCGCUCCAAACACGCCCACGUCAUCGAGAACUGCCACUGCUACCUCUGCCAGGUCGACGU